UGUCGUAUUACUUUAAAUCAAUGAAUUAAAGUUAAUUUUUUUAAGAAAAUGUUAUAAUUGGCGAAUGAGUGACGAGACUGAACUCUUACGAAUAAGUACACUGAUAAAUCGAUAAUGAUAGCGUAGCGCAUAUAAACCCCGCGAAUGCGAUAUCCGUAAAAACUAAAAACAAACUCUCCUCUUUCAUUACUUCAACAAGCCGACUUUCUUGCUAUCAAAAAAGUGCAAUUAGACAACAAAAAUCUUUUAUCUUCUUGUCUCUCUCGCUCCUCCUCCUAUUCCCCCCUCAAAAAAAAAAAUAAUAAUUCAGACAGACGCCAUGGAUUCAACCCCGGUAAACUGGGAAGCUUUGGAUGCUCUCAUCGUCGAAUUCGCAAAAUCCGAAAAUCUAUUGAUCGAAAACAACGAUUCUUCUCUCUCUCCUCCUCCUUCACCUUCCUCUUCCUCUCUCUCUCCUCCGCCAUCAUCAUCACCAUCACCAUCAUCUUCUCCUUCUUCUUCUUCGUAUCAAUCACGCCUAUUGAUUCGUCGGAUCAGACGCCUGUUAGAGUCUGGUGAUAUUGACUCUGCUUUGAAUCUCCUUCGUCUUCAUGCUCCUUCCAUUUUAAACGAUCACCGCCUCUUAUUUUGCCUUCAAAAGCAGAAAUUUAUUGAGUUAUUGAGGAGAGGAACUCCGGAGGAUCGCGAUUCUGCUAUUGAAUGCGUGCGCACUUCUCUCGCUCCUUGCGCUCUUGAUGCUUAUCCUGAAGCAUAUGAGGAAUUUAAGCAUAUUAUUCUUGCACUGAUUUAUGACAAAAACGACGGCAAUUCACCUGUGGCUAAUGAGUGGUCUGAAAGACGAAGGUCCGAAAUUGCUGGACUGAUGUCUUCUAUUCUGAGAGCACAUCUUCAAGCGCUUGAUCCCUUGUUCUCAAUGACAUUGAGAUACUUGAUAAGUAUACACAAGGAGUUUUGUCUUCGUCAAGGAGUCUCUUCACCCAUCUCGGACCUUACUGAAAGGUUGCUUCUUGAAGACAAAGAUGCCCCAGCAACACCGCAAGAGUCACUUCUUGAAGUGCCUCCGUUUGACGAGGUGGACAUACAAGCCCUAGCUCAUGCUGUUCAGCUUACCAGACAGGGGGCGGUUGAUAGCCUAAGAUUUGCGAAGGGUGAUUUAUUUCAGGCUUUUCAGAAUGAAAUAUGCCGCAUGAGAAUAAACGUAUCUAUUUUGGACGAGCUCGUCCAUGAGUAUUGUGUUUACAGGGGUAUAGUUGAUUCCGUCGUGCCUUCCGCUGCGCCUGGAUACCCAGCUGAGAUAGACCAUUUGAAAGCUAAUCAACUCAAUGCUACUGGUGGUUUGUCGAGUGAUAAUUUUCACGAUGUGGAUUGCGGAAAUAAUAAACACUCAGAGGAUGGAUCUUCUAUCAUUAAUGCUCAUGCUGAUGGCACCGAAAUUAGUACAGAAAUGACUAGGACUCAGGAUAUGGAUGUGGAGAUGCGAUUUCCUUGUGAGAGUGUGAGUAACCACGACAAUUGUAGCACUAGUGGAACUCAUCGAAUUAAGAAUUUGAGGAUUUGUCAAAGAAAUAGAGGUCAUGCAGUUGAAGGGAGGAGACGCAAAAGAUGGAGGGAAAGAAAUGAGGAUUUUGAUUUUCCUGCUGGCGUACAUUGUAACGAGAGUAGCAAACAAGAGGGUUUUGAAAAAUACAGUCCUUCAGAUCUAACUUACAACAAGGAAGAUAAAUGUGAGACUGUUCUGAGCAUAAAGGAUCUAGCUGAUAGAGGUAUGGCUGCUGAGGUGGUUGAAGAAGUAAAUGUGUUGGACCCUGAAUUUUUUCAACAGAAUUCCAUGUUGCUUUUCCAGCUGAAGCAGGUUGAGUUUCUGAAAUUGGUUGAUUCCGGUGAUCACUCUAGUGCUUUGAAGGUUGCAAGUUCCCAUUUGGGGCCUUUAGCAGCCAGCGACCCAGGCUUGUUAAAACCCUUGAAAGAGACGCUGUUAGCUUUGCUUAGGCCUAAUGAAAUUGCUGUUAAGAGAGAUUUGCCAUUGCAUGCUCUGGCUAGUUCACUUCAGGUUGCAAUUGGUAGGAGGCUUGGCAUCGAAGAACCUCAACUUAUGAAAGUUAUGCAGGCGACCCUGCAUACGCAUAAUGAGUGGUUUAAACUUCAAAUGUGCAAAGACCGGUUUGAGUCAUUUUUGAAGAUUGAUGCCUUGAAAGAAGUCAACAGCCUGUUACUGGCUGAUACUGUUUCUAAGUCUAGUAUUGAUGCACAUACUCAGGGGUCUUCUCAAGCAACUAUUUCGUCCAGUAGUGGGAUCCCAGAAGAUGGUAACAGUCCAACUCAAGUCUCUUCCCAGGAAGUUUGUGAUGAAGGUGCAAUAAUCAAAGUUAUGUUUUCAAUGCAGGAAUUCCUUGCACUCCCCAGGGCCGACGCGAUCCAUCUGUUGGCACAGUAUAAUGGAAAUGCCGAGACUGUUAUCCAACAAAUUUUUGCAUAGGCGAUGACCAUCAGUGUAACAUACAAAGGUAUUUAUGUGUUGCAUUGCACCGAUAAUUCUUGAGUUUGCAUUAUGUAAAUAUACGGUGGUAUCUUCUGUAUAUCCUCAUCCCACUCUUGGGUUCUUUAUUUAUUCCUACAAUUCUUUCGUGUUCAUGUACUGCUCCGGUCAAACAAUUUUUUAUAGUCUGGCGGAGUGAUUGAAUUGGUUAGCAAUCCCAUAAUGUCCGAUGGUUGGACUUCAAAAGAUCCCUAGCUUUGUGAA